AUGCGCUUUAACCACAGCGUUCUUCAUGCUGUCUUGGCCGCCAGUCUGUUUGCGUCAUGCUCUGCCUGGUCGGCAUUCAGCCCUUUCUCCAACGUGUUGCUGAAGAGCAGGAGAGCAAAUGUGUCUCCUGCAUCAGCCCAGAAGAGCUGGGGCGUGAAAGGUGCGAAUCAAUGCAGGAACCAGCUUCUCAGCUCCUUGAACAUGGCCCUGGACACACCAUCCAAGCCGGAGACUCAGGCUGGAGCUUGUAUCUUCGACCGAGUGAAUGAGAGCAUGAAGGCGGCGAUGAAGAGCAAGGAUAAGGAUCGUCUUGCAGCUGUGCGAGCGGUGAAGAACGCACUGCAAACCGUGGCCAAGGACAAGGUCGAGCCGGUUCCUGGCAGA